AUGAACUGCACACCAGAGUUUGUUGAGGGCUCCAUGGGACAUACCUACGAUGCCUCCGCGAAGUAUCCGGACUCUGGGGAGUUUGCGGCUCUGCUGGAGGCCCAUGGUCUCAUCUUGCUCAACGGCUGGAUUCGUCGACGCCUGCAGCCCACCUUUGUAGGUGCCAAACACCAGUCGGUGAUUGACUUCGUUAUCACUCGCAGGCAGCACGCAGAUGCAUUGGCCAGGCGGGCCAAACCUUGCCCGGAGCACAACUUCAGUCCAUGGCGUAUGGGGGGCAGGCAUUAUGCUGUUGUCACCAGCCUUCCUCUGCAUCCAGGCUGGACCCGUCAAUCUCCUCGGGCUCCCCCGCCUCAGCUCAAGUACAACAAGCAAGAACUUGACCAGGAGGCUCGCGAGGGGGGACCACGGAUGCUUCAACUUCGGCAAAAUCUUCAAAAGUAUCUGGCCCAGCAUGCCUCUCCUACACUGGAGCACGUCAAUGACUUUCUGUUGCAGCAGGUUAUCACUGCCUUUCCGCACAAGCCUUCUUCGCCAGCUCCCCGAGCAUGGCAAACACAAACGGUGCAGGGCUCAGUCACUGCCAUGUGGCAGGCUCGAGCUAGACUACGACAAGUCAAGCAGAGACACUGCCGGGCGCUACGAGCAUGCAUGGAGGCUUUUAAAAGACAUCGUGAGUUCAUGAAGGCAUACAAGCAGCUGAAACUCAACGGUCGCCAGGCUCGGAAGACCCUACUCAACAGGGAGCUCCAGAAUGCGGCAGAGGCUGCUCACAGGCGGGACGUGGGGCAACUACACCGCAUCAUUCGCCGACUUGCCCCAAAGGUGAAACGAGAUACUGUGAGAAUACAUGGCCCUCAGGGCGAGAUGCUUAGAGAUGCUGACGAACAUCGAACCAUUGUCCGGCACUUUGAAGCACUCUUCCAGUCCCGUACGGUGACCGUCAACGAUGUGGCCCUUGCUCUUCGCUCCACACCGUAUGGCAAGGCAGUACCUGAAACUUCUGCGCCGUCCAGUGUCGUGAAGUUCUGUGCAGAUGACUUGGCUCAGGCCCUUGCACCUUCGGCGAAUGCCUGUCUGAGCGGGGCCUGCACUCCGCCCUCUCAACUCCCCGGCUGCUUUCUGAUCGACAUGGACGCCCAGAGUGGAGCCGAAGCCCUGGCGCAAGUUCAGGACAUGUUUCCUCACCUGGCACCAUCGACUACCACAGGAGAUGCCCCGAUGGAAAGUGACAAGUACCGGCGCCCGGCUGGGAAAGGUCAGAACCCCCCUACGGGGAAGAGCCCGCCUCGGGAGAGCACCCAAGAGCCCGCAUCAGCCUCAGCUGGCCACACCAAGCAGGGACGAACCCGCCAGUGGACGGACCAGGCGGACUGGCAAGCUCAGACCACCCAAGCUGGGUGGAACAAGAACAAGACCACCAAGGAGCUGCAGAAAGAGAUGGAAGCCCUGAAGGAGGACGUCCGCCUCCUGUCUCGCAUUGCCAUGCGACACGAGGACGAACUGAGCCAAUGUCGGACGGAGACCGACUUCAUUCUGACCCUGGAGGUUGCGGACCCCAAAGCUACCCAGGAGCAGGAAGGACUGCUGCUGUACAACGAGAUCAAGGUCCAGGAGGCGACGGCUUCGGCAGAGUCAGUGGAGAACCUGGCCCAGCAAGGCUUGCUGAUCCAGGUCAAGGGCAACCCGGCUUGGACCUAUCGCCAACGCCAAUGGGAUCACCAGCAGGAGGCCUUGAUUCAGUCCAAACAGCCUCCUCUUCUCGACACGGCGCUUCGAGGCCACCUACAGACCCUGAAGACCAGCAUGGGGUCCUUGAGCGCUGCUUCGCUUCAACAGUUCGCGGAAGCUUGUGGAAAAGCAUCAGACGGCGGUGACGUUCUUCCUGAGCAUCGGCCACGCGAUCCCCUGGCCCUGGUAUGCUACCGAAGUUUGCAGGCCCUUUGCUACAAUUCUUCCAACCAGCUGCUAAAAAAUGCGCCUCAAGCCCAUGCGCAUGGAACGCCACUGGUUCGCAUCAUCCAGGAGACGUACCCGGCUCCCCCCACGCGCUCAGAGGAGCAACGGGCCACGUAUCUGGCGAAGCAGAUGCAGAAGGGGUGCAAGGGCAAAGGGAAGGGCCGCGAAGCCCGACCGGAGCAGACAGCUCCGGAGCCAGCGGAGGACCCCUCGCUGACGGCGGCAGCAGGGCCCCAAGCGAGCCGCGGAGCUUAG